GAUAUAUAACGUAAUAUGAAAAAGUUAUUUAUGUUUUCAAAGCAAAGAUGUUAAGAUGUUUAACUUUAGUUGACUUCGACCUACCAGCUACAGCCUUUGCCAUCGGGACUGAACAGCUGACUGAAGACAUUCGUGCAGGGGCAGUUACUCUUCUCUCUGCCUGUAGACAGAUCUUCGUUAGCCUCCAUGUCGUCGUUCCGCUCCUCCUCUUAUGCUAAACAUGCUCGGUAUCCGGAAAUUAACAAUCCCGUGAUGUCAGGGCAGUGCUCACAUAGCGUCGGAUUGACUACAGUGCCUUUCUCGAUUCGGGGUUUAAAAAACGUAUUCAGCGGUUAUUGUCAGCUAACGGUUUAGCUCCGUUGUCGUCUGUCGACAUGGGCUUGCUGUGGUCGAAGGCUGUCGGUGGAUGUAUCCUUCCCCACGGACUUUAACAACGGGAUGAAGCUGCUCUCCGGACCUAAAGAGAUGCCGUUCAGUUAGCUUCUCCGCAGGUCAGAUUUGUGUGCCGCACAACAAGCUAACAGGCUAGUUGAUACGCUGUGGCAAGUUAAUAACAAACGGGGAGUUAUGGCGCGGUUGGAGAAACUGUCAGAUUUCGGGGACUAUACUGGCAGUAAAGAGCUAACUGACAUUCUUCAGCUGACUAAUAACAGUCUGUCUGACGUCCGCCUGAGCCCAGAUGGUCGUCACAUCCAUGUCAUCCUCCGCAAGCCUAAAGCCGGUCUUGUGACUUUUGACAAGCAUGAAAGAGGCCAGCUGGUCCAGAACCAGAAGAAGCUGGAUUUGUGGUCGACACGACCCGUGCCCAUUGUGGAUAUUUUAUAUUUGGACCAUAAUGAUAAUAACAGCGUCAGCAAGAGAGACACAGCAGCCGUGGCAGUGGUGUAUGAGAAUGGAAAAGCUGAGUUUUGGAAAUUCCAGGAGUGCAAAGCUGGCUGGCAUCUCCUGCAAACAUCAGACUUGUGCAACAGUCCCCGGGCCAGAGUGGUAUCUGUGUGUGCUUGCUCCAAUCUUAUCAUCUGGUGUGAGGAGAGGCCACCCUCAGAAAGCUCCCCUGCCCUCAGCUCUACAAGGAAUAAGCUAAGAUACUGUGUUUGCAGACGUGACUUUGAUGUGGAGGAGGGGGUCGUCAGCCUGGGGGGGGUGAAAAUCGCCCUCCACAACAAUCCUAAAUUCACUGUGGUCAGCUCAGGGGAAUAUGUGCAUCUUCUUCCUGACUUGAAAGUGAAGCCACUGUUGAGCAUUUCCAAAUUCUUCCUCUCCUGGUCCCCUCGCCAUGACUCCUUCAGGAUCAGCACAACAUGUAAAAACACUCCCCUAAAAAAGUUUUCAGCUAAAGAGUCUGACUUUAAGAGGUUGGUGACUGACUCUUUGGGAUAUUUAUCGACUCUUGAGCCACCUGAGAUCUACAACUUCUCUCCUACAGGCUGUGGAGGCCUGCUGUUGCUGCUCAGCACAGGCUGGCUGUGUCUCCUGCAGAAAGAUGGGAUGCUGCGACAGGUAUUCAAACAGGCAGACAACUGCUUGGUAAAAUACGGUACUCACACUAGCCUCUGCAUGUACCAGGACACCCUGGCGCUGCUGGUGGGGCAAAAUCUGCAUGUCGUAGAUGUGAACUGUGGCAGGGAGCUGGAAAAGAUUGUGCUGGAGAGAGAGGGGUUAUUAUAUGCAAACCGAGCUGAAAGACAUACACCUCACCUGCUCUCAGAAACCGGACUUUUUGUGGUCGUGAACAAGGAGACAGAUUCCAGAGAUUGUAACUCUAAGAUGAAGCCCUCUGGUUUCAGUACAGUGGAGGGUAUUCAUCCUGGAGGCCUCCUGGUAGAGGCUGUCUUUGAGGAGGCCUGUAAAUACUACCAGCAGAGGAGCCUGAGCAGCACCCAGCUCACUGUGGACACACUGAAGAAAGGAGGUAGGUUCCAGGCUCCCAUCUCUUUAGCCUCCAUCCUCAGGAACUACUUCAGUGCAGGGCCAAAGCAGAAGGGAGCAGAGCUGUCCCAGAAUGGAGGCGGUGGAUGUAUGGCAGGGCAAGACAAGCUAAUGGGCUCCCUGGAGGCCGAGCUGAAGGCUCUGGUCGCUCUUGAGGACGUGAAGGGGAGUUUAGUGAGGGGAAGUGCUAAAGAGGUGGAGGUAGUGUGUGAAAGUCUUGUUGAAAAAGAAGUAGCCAGACUGCUGUCAUCCUCAGAGCUGGACAAAGAGACUCUGCUUUACCUCAACUCCAUCUUCAGCAUCUUCCCUUGCCAGGCGUGGAGAGCGGCGCAGGCUGCCCUCCAGCUACACUACAACGGUGAGGGCUCUCUGUCGAGCAAGGCGCCCCCAGAUGUGUGGAAAACUGUCCUCAGUCCUGCUUCAACCUCCAGCAACCCGGCCUCCCUCCGAUUCGCAAACGGGGGGCCAAAAUGCCAUCCCAGCCUCAACGGUGAUCACUUUGCCAACUGUAAAGCCAAAUCUCCAAGCUCCAAUUUGCCAGCUGCCUUGCCUGUGUUUGAACUCCUCUGCCACUCAGUUUUCCACUUCCAGCCCAGCUGGCUGCCCAGGUUCCUCGAGGCGGCCCAGCAGCAGCAGGGCUCAGCCGGUCUGGGCCUGGGUCUGGCAUCUUCCUCCUGGAGCUUCUCCAGUGGGAGAGGUGGGGAGGGCGGGGAGAACAAUGUGCCGCUCUACAAACGAGCUCUGUGCGUCUUGUCCAGCCUGGGCCUAGACAGAGACCAACACCAGGACUUGGAGGUUGAGCUGCUGCUGGUCAGCGGGCGGCCUAACGCCAUCCUGCAGGCGAUGAGGGUCCUCAUGGCCAAACAGGAGUGGGAGCGGGUCACCCAGGUGGCCCAGAAGUUCUGCAAACAGAGUCCCCUGCUCAACAAGGAGAUUUUCACUACUCUCCUGUGUGAGGUGGCCCACCACAGAGAUCUGGACCCAUACUUGGACCUGUUGUGGACUCUGUGCCCUGAGGACCUCUCUGUCACCACCAUACUCAACUUGGUGCUGAAAAGCCUCCCUUCUCCUAACACCCCCUCUUCCUCCUCCUCCUCCUCCUCAUUCUCCAUGUCAACUACAACCUCCUCAUCCCCUGCUCCUUUUGCAGGCCCCCACAGCAGCCAGUUGACCAUCGGGCUGUUGAAACCUCUGCUGAGAAAAGUCCUUCAGCGGGAGACCAAGCCCAGCCAGCGCUACGCUGACAUCCUCCAGUCCCCGGUGUUUCCCCCUCCAGCACCUCCUCGUCAGCCUGCAGAGCUGCCCAGCACAGACUCUGCUCUGGGCAACAACAUCUCCCCGGCUCUUCUCACAGAAACACCUGAACAGCAGUCGUCCACACACACAACUGUGCAAAGGGCCAGGGUGGCACUACCUGCAAACCCAUUCUGAUUUACAUAAAAACGAACUGAGCAAGCUUACAAUGGAGAAGAAAAUAUCACUGUGCUGACAAUCAAAUUAAAACAUAGUAACAUUAGUAUGUUACAGGUAUCAUCAGUGUAAUGCAGUUAUUUGAUAGCGUUUUUAAACAGAUUGGUAAUUUCAGAUGAAGUAUGACAUCUAGAAACUAUGAAAUGACUACUGAAGAUCUUACCGGUGUAAAUACUGCAGGUAAUUUUAAAGUCUUAAUGUGUACAUACUGUAUCUGCAAUGUUAUUUAUCUCUUAAGCCUUAACUGCACGUGGAUGAGAGAGGUAUUGCAUAGUCUUGCAUUGAAUAGGUUUAGCCUUUAUCAGAAUGUCAUUAAUAAAUAAUAUUAAUAUAUUGUGUUAAGUGUUUAACUGCUCAGACAAACAAACAAAGCCACUAACUCCCAUUUUAGUGUGUGUACCUGUGUGUACAACAUUGGCUGUCUUAAGUAGCUGAUGUCUGUUAAUUGUAGCCAAGUAUAGCUGCCUUUCACUUGUUGAUGACAAAGUGCAUUCCUGCAGUGGGUAAUCUACUGAGUUUUAUCCAGACAAGCUAGCCUUUGUGUUUGAAUGUUUGUUUUAAGUGAGGUAUGGUUGAGAGGGGGGGGUCCCUGUACUUACUUCUAGUAUUGUAUUUAACACAUUAUAAAUCCUUAAACAUUAACCUGGUUUCGAUGGGCUCAACCAUCAGUGAACAAAACCCCCAAAACCUUCGAUCUGUCCAGCUUCUGCGUCUCUCUGUGUUUUUUUUUUUUUUCGCCAUUCCUGUCGUCCAUUUGUCUCUCCGGACUCCAUCUUGUCCGCUCUGCUCUGUCGCAGUCCAACUCACAGGACAUUCCAGGCAGAAUAGCCAGUGAGACUGACUCACAGUUCGACUUUAAAUUCAAUUUUGGGGGUAAUUCUGUUAGGAUUCAUGUGUGGGUUGGGCACGUUGUGACUAACACAGGCGCCCUGCUGCUUGCAUAAGGCCAUGUACGUCCUCCUUCAUGGACCCAGUGAGGGUAAUGUUAUUAGAGAUGUUAGGCCCUCUGUCUUGCUCCUGAUAUUUUUCUCCAUGCUCUGAAACAGAUUGCACUUUUAGAUCACCCCAGUCAGUAUUGUUUGUACCGUGCUUUUGAUGCAUCCAUUGAACUGAAUGUUUUUCUGAUUAAGUGUUGUAAAGAAAAGUAUAUUUAAGUACCUGUUGUCUUCUGAUGCAUUUGUUUCUUUUUGAGCAGUCUGUGUGGCUUGUUUUAGUCAUAGAAAGUGUUGCAUGGAGCCCUCCAAAACAAAAUGUUUAUUUUGUAACAGUAUUUGGCAGACUACUGAAAGGAUGACCCUAUAGGCUCCUCAUGGGUGAGAUACUGACAGUGACAUCUCUUAAGUGUUGAGUGACAAUCAGACUCAUAAACGCUGCAGAACAAUCAGAGUGCCUUUCACACUGCUGCUCUUCAUUUACAGGGCAGUGUUACAUUUCUGCUGCAUCUCCUCAGCUUCAGCCAUGUUCUAGAGAACGAGCUGGAGGUAGAUGAGAAGAUUUUUUCUUUGAGUUGUAGGUUUUUUUUUUGUACUGUAACCAGCUCUCUAUCUAGGCCUCUACAGUCAAAAGCUGUUUCUGAUUUCACCAUGAAACCUGUUGAUUUCUUACUACGGUCCAACUGGUGUAUUAAUAGUAUAAUUCCAAACUCUGAUCACUUGAACAAGCAUGACAAUAUCUGUGCGACUGAUUUCAGGUCAGUGUACCAGACAUGUGUCAGCCUAUCUGAGAGUAACUGGGAACUCCCUGACUUCCCCACACAUGCCACACAGCCCAGUGUUAUGGUUGUUCAGAUGUCAAAUAUUAAUUUGCCUUAAACUUAAACUGUGCCUGUUUUCUGUUACCAAACAGUUCCUCUUGGAGUCUGACAGAGUUUCACAUUGUUACUUUUCAUGAUCCUGUAUUUUAAAAAAAGAAAACGUGUACAAGUAUUUAUGAACAGAUGCUGUAUGCUAUUAAACUGAAGAUAAAA